GUGGCUGGUUGUGCUGAAGGGCGAGUGAUCUGCGGACUGGUGCAUCUGGCAUAGUAUCAGUUCUACAUCCAUCUCCUCCGCUGAGGGCAUACGGACUGUAAACAAAACAUAUAUUAUUGGAAUAUUUUUUUGUGGACAGCAUUGUUUUCGUGCAUUUUUUGCCAAAGUUGUGGUGAUGCGGCAGACAGUAUUCUAGGAUAUGUGAAGCGCUGGUGUGAUAACAUCGUUCGCAUGUGAUUCUUCAAGAUAGCAUUCUCAACUGGGACAAAACAUGGACUAAUCUUGAUUUAAUAAUGGGAUUUCAUAGACUUUCUUUUGCGCUUGGGCUAUUUUGCAUUUCUUCAGUUUGGGGAUUUGGGGUUGACCCAGCCUUACGCAUCAACGUUUUCAAUGAGCUGUUGCUUGGAGAGAUUGCUUCUGGGGGAGUCUCGCAGGUCCAAGGCUUCCACGACGAGUCCAGAGCUUUCAUUUUUCAAGGAGCUUCCCGUAAUGUGAGAGCAACAGACGAUGUGGCUGAGCGCAUGCUUAGGAAGUUGAAGAACAAGACUGAGUUCACCGUUGUGGCCACCCUCAAACAGGAGCGCCUCAACUCUGGAGUCAUCUUGUCCAUCCAUCAUGCUGACCAAAGGUUCUUGGAGCUGGAGAGUAGCGGGCAGAGGAACGAGGUGCGGCUCCACUUUCGGACUCAGGGCGGGCAGCCCCACACGGAAACCUUCCCCUACACUCUGGCCGAUGACCAGUGGCAUAAAGUAUCGCUGGCGGUCAGCGCCUCUCAUGUCGUCUUGCAUGUGGAUUGCAACAGAAUCUAUGAGAGAGUGGUGGACGUCCCAUCCAUGGAUAUUCCUGAAGGGACAUCCUUCUGGCUGGGACAAAGAAAUGGUGCACAUGGAUUCUUUAAGGGUACCAUGCAAGAUGUCCAGAUUCUUGUGAUGCCUCAAGGGUACAUCUCCCAGUGUCCAGAUCUGAACCGAACCUGUCCAACAUGCAAUGAUUUUCACGGACUUGUGCAGAAAAUCAUGGAACUGCAAGACAUUUUAGCCAAAACAUCAAGCAAGCUGUCCAUGGCCGAGGAGAAGAUGAAUGGGCUGGAUAGCUGCUAUUGUGAGCGGACCUGCAGCGUCAAGGGGGUGAUCUACCGGCAGGACGAGACCUGGACAGAUGGCUGCAGGAACUGCACGUGCACGAAUGGCACAGUGCAGUGUGAGACCAUCUCAUGCCCACCACCAAACUGCCCCUCGGGUACUGCCCCGACCUACGUGAAGGGAGCCUGUUGCAAGGAGUGCCAACCGGUGUGCCUGUUCAAUGGGAGGGAGCUGGUGGAGGGUGAAACCCGCACUGUUCGGGACAACGGCAUGUGCUUGUUACUAGAGUGCCUGGAUCAGACGAUGCGCAGGGUGGUGACCCCCAGCUGUCCGGAGUUGAACUGCCCCGAGGUGGAGCAGAUCACCCUCAUAGACAGAUGCUGUAAAAUCUGCAGAGGUUAUGACUUCUGCGUGGAGGACAACCCCUGCGUGGAGAACUCCGACUGUAUGAACCUGGAAGCAGCCGCCCGCUGCAGCUGUAAGGACGGCUUCCGGCCGCUCCGCGAUGACAACGCCUACUGCGAAGAUAUUGAUGAGUGCGCUGAAGGGAAGCACUACUGCCGUGAGAACACCAUGUGUGUCAACACUCCCGGCUCCUUCAUGUGCAUCUGCCACACUGGCUACAUCAGGAUCGAUGAUUACUCUUGCACAGAGCAUGAUGAAUGUGCAACCGGUCUCCACAACUGCGACGACAACGCGCUCUGCUUCAACACCGUGGGAGGCCAUAGCUGCUCCUGCAAACCUGGAUACACUGGCAACGGCACUGUCUGCAGAGCUCUUUGUGAUGGCUUGUGUCAAAAUGGAGGAACGUGUGUCUCUCCGAACGCCUGCGUCUGCCAGCAAGGCUUUACCGGGAAGAGGUGUGAAAAAGAUAUCGACGAGUGUUCCACCGGACUGGUGGAGUGCGACAGUCGCGCCUCCUGUGUCAACCUGCCCGGGUGGUACCACUGCGAGUGCCGGGAAGGCUACCAUGACAACGGGUUGUUCUCGGUCAACGGAGAGUCCUGUGAAGAUGUGGAUGAGUGUAAAACAGGGAGAAACACAUGUGCCAACGACACCGUCUGCUUCAAUGUGGAUGGGGGGUACGACUGCAGAUGCCCCCACGGACACAACUGCACCGGGGAUUGUAUCCAUGACAACAAGGUCAAGCACAACGGACAGAUCUGGGUGCUGGAGAAUGACAGGUGUUCCGUGUGUUCAUGCCAGAGUGGUCAGGUGAUGUGCCGACGAAUGGUGUGUGACUGCGAGAACCCCACGGUGGACCUCUUCUGCUGCCCGGAGUGUGACCCGCGGCUGAGUAGCCAGUGCCUGCACCAGAAUGGCCUGCUGACCUACGGCACUGGCGACUCCUGGGUGGAGAACUGCCAGCAGUGCCAGUGUCUGCAAGGUGAAGUGGACUGCUGGCCUCUCUCCUGUCCUUCAGUGGAUUGCGACUUCACGAUGGUUCCUGAGGGCGAGUGCUGCGCCCGCUGUGUCACCGACCCGUGCCAGGCCGACACCAUCCGCAACGACAUCACCAAGACGUGCACGGACGAUCACGGCAUCACCCGCUUCAGUGGCUCCUCCUGGGUCAAGCAUGGCACCGAAUGCACACUCUGCCAGUGCAAGAAUGGACACAUCUGUUGCUCAGUGGAUCCUAUGUGCCUUUAGUCUCUCUAAGGCGCUGAAGGCAUUUGUACAGUGUAGUCCAUAUAGAAGAAACUUGCAUUUCACCCCCUGCCUCCCGCCCCCCUCUCCCCGAAACUCUAAAUUAAACCAAAUUUAAAUGUGUAAUAUACCAAAUUGCUGACAAAAGAACCACCUCUACUCAUCUCUGCAGCUGAGGGGAACUGAAGAUCACAGACUCAUCAGAUAACAUCAUUCUGUAAAAUAUUAUAUACAGGCAUGACUGUACUAAGUGUUGAAAAUGUUUGUUCUGGUUUUUAAUUCUUUAAAAAAUUCAAAAGGCUAUAGACAUCCUAGAUAGUGAACUUCAGUGUAGUUCUCAUUUACCACAUAAUGGAGUCUUCUAUAGUAAAUGAUUCUAUAUCACUUUUUUUGCUCUUGGUUUGUUACUUUUUUUCAAAAUUUCAGUUGACUGUAUUAUAUGGCUUGUUAUUGUGUAAUGGUGAAAUAAAGUAUUUCCAUUUCC